UCGAGAGAGCGCAAAUGGUGUUGGGGAGCUGAGGGUCAUCGACUCAUUUCGAUGGACUGGAGCCAAUGAGCAGACACAGGGAAGCCAUGGCAUACUCGGCGGUGCAGGUGAUGCUGGAGCUGGGUCACCGGGCCGUCAUCCGCGACGAGCCCACCGCCGAGGGCUACACACACGACUGGGCCGUGUUCGUGCGCGGACCCGACCAGAACCCGGUGGAGGCCUUCAUCGACAAAGUCGUCUUCCAGCUGCACGAGAGCUUUCCCAAACCGAAGCGAGUGAAGCACGAGCCGCCUUACGAGGUGUGCGAGUCAGGCUACGCUGGCUUCCUGCUGCCGAUCACCGUGCAUUUCAAGAACAAGGAGAACGUCACAUUUAAUCACGACUUGGUGCUGCAAAACGACCAGCCCACGACCAAUGUGCGCAAGGAGAAACUCACCUUCCAGAACACGUCCGACGACUUCCGACGUCUGCUGAUCCGCGGCGGUGGGGGCCGCGCCGCUGCCGGCGCCGACCCCGUCCUGGCUCGGAGCCCGGCCAUGGCUGCCUGA